GGAUUAGAAUUAAAUUAAUUUUAUUAUUUCAGAUUUGAUAUCGAUGGAUUAGAAUAAGAAGAAAAUGCAAGCAAUUAAAUGCGUUGUAGUGGGGGACGGAGCUGUAGGUAAAACUUGUUUGUUGAUCAGUUACACUACCAAUGCAUUUCCUGGAGAGUAUAUACCAACAGUGUUCGACAACUACUCUGCAAAUGUUAUGGUUGAUGGUCGGCCUAUAAACCUUGGACUAUGGGAUACGGCCGGGCAGGAAGAUUAUGACCGGCUUAGACCUCUCUCCUACCCGCAGACGGAUGUGUUCCUUAUCUGUUUCUCCCUGGUAAACCCUGCUAGUUUUGAGAACGUGAGAGCUAAAUGGUAUCCUGAGGUUCGGCAUCAUUGUCCUGGAGUUCCAAUUAUCCUGGUCGGAACUAAACUAGAUCUAAGGGAGGACAAGGAAACUAUUGAUAAACUGAAGGAGAAGAGAUUAGCUCCGAUUACAUAUCCUCAGGGCUUGGCGAUGGCUAAGGAUGUAGGUGCAGUAAAGUACAUGGAAUGCUCUGCAUUGACGCAAAAGGGACUAAAAACUGUAUUCGACGAGGCUAUAAGAGCUGUUCUGUGCCCUGUUCCAAAGAUAAAGAAGAGGCAAAGAUGCAUCAUUUUAUAAACAAUAGUUAAACAAUAUGUAUACACACUAUGCAGUAGUUGAUAUACUUCCUGCAUUUCUACAGAUUGUAUAAGCCUAUGUUGUAAUGUCCUCCCCCCCCCUCCCUCCCCUUCCGCAAUUAUGGGAUAUUAUCUUACAUUUAAGGUUGAAAGAACUGAACACUAUCUUUGGUGACCCUCAAAUUAAGAAAUUGCAUACCCGAGUCACAUUGGUGCUCUUUAAACCUUAUCUAAGCAUCUUGAAAAGUAUAAAUUCUGUCAAUAUCCUUCCGUCUUUCUGUUGCAGAAAUUCGCAAGUCACUACAUAGAGAAACCGAAAAACGAAGAUAUCUCCAUCAUUUUUGUUCAUUUAAAGGUUUAAGCGUAACAGUGUAAAUUAUGGAACUUUUUAAUCAGGGGGGUCUCUUCAUCAGUCUCUUUAAGAUGAAAAAUUACCUAAAAUUAAAAUUCAUGUUAACUGUCCCAUGAUAUCCUAAAAUAGUUCAAAUCAGUGAAAUAUAUAUUUUCAGAUAGUUUAUCAAGCAUUAUUUUAGGAUCUGUUCCCCGAUCUAAGAAAUAAUGUUAUUUCGAUAACAAUUACAUUAUUACUGAUUAAUAGAUUCUAGCGUGAAUUGGAAAAAAUGAACCGACUCCUCUAUUGUUGCAUUUUUAUAAUUUAUGUUAAGACCAAAAUUGUCCCGGAUAUCAAGCUUUCUGUUGCUUUUUAAUUUUUCUCCAUUUUUAUCUGUUACCGCACAACAAGGUUUAUCUUUAAAUUGUUUGUCUUUUUUUCGAAUCAAGAAAUAAUUAGUUUUCUCUUCCUCUCCUCUAGAUGUUAUAAAUUUUCCUAUUACUCAAAACCAGAUUUUCUUGAGUUUUGCGAUUCUAUUUAAGCUUAUGUCUAGAAUAAUAUUUUCAAUGAGGGUUAAAAGAUUAUAUACAUCCCAAGUAAAAAAAGUUCUUAAUAAUGCUUUAUUUAGCUUGUAUUUGUUCAAAAACUGAUAGUUAAAUGUUUGCGAAGAAGUUGGGCCCCCCGUACAAAAAAUAAGGAAAUUUUAAGUUUUUUGGAAAAUAAAAUUUUUGAUUAAAAUUGAAAAAACCUCUUUGUGCAAGGCUUUUCAUUGAGUAAGGAUCCUUUUUCUUUUGUAAAAAAUCAGAUUUUAUAAUUCUAUUUUUAAUAUAAACCAGUGUUGGAAGUGGGGUUGAAUGUACUUCAAAUAAUAAUAAUGAUUAAUUAUUUUUAAAAUAUUAAUAUGAUAAUUUUGGACUGGACAUAUUUUACACCACGGCACAGCAUUAGUAAAAUUUUAUUUAAAGAAAAUAUCUAGAAAUGGGUUAUAAAAGAAUAAUUCCACAACAGAAUCAGUUUAUAUAGAAGGUUUGGCAUUGUUGGUGGGGUUAAAGGCUAUAACUAAAAUUUCUUGUAAAUCGUUUUAUGCUUUCUCACUAAAUGUUCAAAAUAAGCAAAUAUUUUAAAUAAUUGCAGUAGCAUGUCCAAUUAACUAACUCUGGUACUUAAUAUUUUGAUCCAAAAACUGUUGUUUCAUUAAAAAGAUUUAUGCUGCAGAGAUUUUUAAGUAAAUUAUCGGAAUUCAGCAAGUUUUUAGAUGAAGACGUUGACAUUUCCUUAGAGAGUACCGUUGUUAAUCGGACACGUCGUCACAUUUGAAAAUAUAGUCUUUUACUAAUUUAAUUAAUGCUGAUGCAACAUUUUCUGGUUUUUAUAAUAUUUGCAGUCCGGAGCAGGUGUGUACAAUGUAUGUACACAUUGUUAUAAUGUAUACUUUAUAUGUAAUAAUGUGUAAUAUUUGUACAUAAGAUCAACCUUAAUAAACAUUUUGAUUAGUUAGAAA